UAAAUCUAAAUGUUCCGCCUAAAUGUUAAAUAUAAAUGUUGACUUUAAAUGUUUGGGAAAUAUGCUAAUGUGGCCACGCCCCUCACCGAAUAGAGCGGUCCUUGUUCAGACGAAAGUUGAACCUUAAUCAUGGCAAACUCUUUGAGACCUGAGGAUAUUGAAAGGGCCGUUGUUUCAUGAGUGCAAGCUGCAUUGCAAGGUGUCCUGGCACCUACACCUGCUGCUGCAAAUCUGGUUAACACAUCAUCACCAUCCACAAGUUCUGCCGCUUCACACAGACCGGUCAACACUCUGCCGCCACCCAUAGCAUCCACAAGUUCAGCCACAUCUGCAGGGGCUGGCACAUCCCAGAGAUUGGUUCCUUUUCCAUCAUAUUUUCAAUCAAGAAGAGGUCGAUCAGGAUAUCAGCAAAGAAAAAACGUGAAAACGUUUACAAAAGACGUUGUAUGUUUGCCAUUUUCUCCAAGGGAAUCAGUUUUCGUCAUACCUAGAGGAGAAAACAGGAGUCGCUUGGCUCAAGCUGGUCUAAUUGGAAAAAUUUCCUUUACCACCGAGUGGUCUGAAGAUCAGCUCAGAGAAGAAAUUUCUGCUAUCUUCAGAGGAUCAUUUGGCAUCUCCGAGCAUGAUGUUUUCCCUUUUCAGUUCUUGAGCACAAUAAAAGGGUGCAAAAAAUUAAUGAAGCCCAAUGUCACACCCAACGUUCCCUGGGGGGGGAAAGAAGUUUCUUCCGUUUGCUCAAAUACCUGUCUUUACAUUAUGGCUGAAAUGGAAUUGCCAACACAGGUGAGCUUGAUAGUGAUAGUACUGGUAAACCUUUUUCAUGUAAUACUAUUUGCAUGCGAUUUUUGUUAAAAUUAUUUAAAUAUGAACAUAACUAAGCACAGCAUCAUCUUUACAUGUGACACUUUUUAUUGUUGUAAAUUGUUUUUGCAAUCACAAAUUAACUUUGAACAUUUAGUCAUGCUUGUUAUGUCUAAAUUACAAUUUAUAUGCUUUUAAAAUUGCUUUCUUACACAAAAUUUCCACAUCUUAUCAUUCAGCAUAGAGUUUUUGACACGGAUGACAGUGACUUUGAAAGUCCAACUUUUCAGAGUAGAGGUGGGUAGUUUCAAGGUUAAGUUUAUCAACCUGUAUUCCAUCCAACCCCCAUGUUACAUCAGCAAUCCCACACUACCUGAUUGAUUUUGAUCAACGUAUUGGUCAUUUCCAGAGUGUCGUUUGCAUCCUUUUUUUUUCCAACUAUCAUUUCAUAAUGUGUCUUCUGCUCAAUCUGUUCCAUUUAGAUCUUGAGACAUUGGAGCAAUCUAAUGUUGACGGUCAAUAUGAACCAAUGGAGGCAGAUGCCAGAAAUCGAGAACAUGAGACCGAACAAGGAGGCACUCGUUUCUCUGAUUUCAUACCACUUGAUUUUGAAGAAGAGGAGGCAGUCGAGGAAGCCAUCAGACGCAGUUUGGAAGAAGAAACUGUCCAGGUUCCACAAGAGUCGAGGUCUAUUAAAACGUUGACAACAGAAGAAAUAACUGGAAUUGUAAAAGCUCACAGUGAAAUGGUUGUUACAGAAGGAUUUAGGUCAAUCAUUGUCAGCCGAAGAAAUGUGUGGACAUCUGCGAUCCGACAAUUCCGGCGACCAAGAUUUGUUGAAAGCACCGAUAUGCUGUAUGUAACCUUUGCCAGUGAUGAAAACACCACAGAAGAUGCAGAAGAUCUUGGAGGUCCCCGUCGAGAAUUCUUUCGCUUGCUUGUUAAAGCAAUUUUCCAAGAAAGUGGGGCAUUUGAGGAGUCCCCCAAUGGCUUCAUUCCAAGACUAAAUGUUUCACAUGUCCAAAAUCGAGUCUACCGCACUAUUGGUCAGAUGAUGUCUACCAUCAUUGUCCAAGGUGGAGAAUGUCCUGCUCUCCUUUCCUUUGUUGUCUUGGACUACCUGCUGACUGGGCGUAUGUUCGACAUCCGCGUUUCUCCAGAGGAUGUUGCCGAUGUGGAACUUAGAGACAGCCUCAAGACAAUUGAUCAAGCAACAACUGAUGAUGAUCUGCAACGAGCAAUAGAAUCCUGUGAGUCAUGGAGGUACCAAAUUGAAGGUCUUCCAAACCCUGUUACCAUGGACAACAUUUUCCAUGUUCUACUACAACGAAAGAGCUGCUACGAUCAGUUAGCUGAGGGGUUGGAAUGUUAUGAGCUCCUACCACUUCUGAAAGAGAACCUUCCCCUUCGGGUUCUUUUAGAGAUGCCCAAGGUUCGCAGUGAUCUUACAGCAGAUGUGGUUGCUACCCUUCUGAAGACCAGCUACUCCGUUCUGGGAAGCAACAAACGACCAAAAGAAGAGCUGAUGGUGGUUAAGUUCAGAGAUUUCCUCAAUAGUGUUCAAGAAAGAGAAGUUGAGGAAUGUCUUCAUGGCAGAACCCUGACAGAAGCAGAGAAGACCUUUCUCAGAAAUUUAAAUCCUGGACAUAUUCUCGCCUUUGUGACUGGAAGUAGCAGAGUUCCAGCAGUUGGAUUUCAACCAGGUCCAAAGUUAAGCUUUGUUCAUAAUGAAAACAAGUACCUUCCAGUCGCUCAUACGUGCUCAAAUGAGCUUGAAAUCUUUGUAAAUUCCAAAAAUCUAGCUGACAAUGAUGAGUUUGAAUAUAACUUCCUAGUAGCGCUUAUGAAUGGAGCAAAUUUUAGUGCAGUUUAAAUAAACAUGAAAAUAUAUUCCAGGGAAAAGGGUCCAGGUGAGUAAGAAGGGAAAAUAAAGUGGAGAAGAGAAGAAAUGUAGAAGAAUGGAUACGUUAUUUGUAUUAAUCCAAAACACCUCAGGGAUGUUUUUCUGUU